CCGGCACGUUCGGGCCUGAACGAAGUGGAGCUUCUAGACGUCCAAAGUUCCUCUACAGGGACCUACAGAUGUGAGGUCGUGGCGGAAGCUCCCACCUUCAACACCCACGUCAUGUCUGCCAACAUGACCAUUGUAGACACCCCGGACACCAAGCCCAGGGUGAGUGGCCUGGAGGCUGCCUACAGAGACGGCGAGAAAAUCUCUCUCAACUGCACUUCUCUGAGAUCCCGACCACCGGCUCAGCUCACCUGGUCCAUCAACGGUCAAGAGAUCGCGCAGGAGCACCUGGUGAGAUAUUCGGCAGCCUCAGAGGGCGACCCCGCCCUCCACACCACCACCUUGGGUCUGUCGCUCACCGCACGCACCAGUCUCUUCACCGACGGAGCCCUAGAGCUGAGGUACGUGUACCGGGAAAG